CCCCCGCCCAGAUUUUGACUGCCAGGGGGCCUCCACAGGGUUUAAUUAGCAGGUCUUUUUUAUCUCCUUUUUUCACACCUGUUUCAUAGCUCAAAUUUUAAUGAUUUUUAGGAAACAGGAAUCUCCUGCUCAUGGCGAUGACUGGACAGUUGCCAAUUUGUGCAGUGCUCGCUCCCAGCAUUCCUGCCUCCACAUUAUGUAGUGAGUGGCAGUUAUCGGAUGAACUGUGGUUUAACGGCCAGUCCCCUCUACCCUGGGGGGGGGGUCUGUUUACUAUUAUAUUCUAAUGUAUUAUUGAAUACAGUGGUACCUUGGGUUAAGAACUUAAUCAUUCUGGAGGUCCGUUCUUAACCUGAAACUGUUCUUAACCUGAGGUACCACUUUAGCUAAUAGGGCCUCCUGCUGCCACCACACCUCCGGAGCAUGAUUUCUGUUCUCAUCCUGAAGCAAAGAUCUUAACCGAAGGUAAUAUUUCUAGGUUAGUGGAGUCUGUAACCUGAAGCGUCUGUAACCUAAAGAGUCUGUAACCCGAGGUACCACUGUAUUCCUUUACUUGAUGUAAGUUUUUUUUUUUUUUAAACACUAUGUUGUUGUUAUUACUUUUUUCUUUUGGAUCAGAUUGCUAUUAGGUGUGUGGUGUUUUCUCUCUAUUUCAUUGUUUCUUCACCUUGUAAACUGGCUUGUGUAUAGUAAUAUAGAAAGGCGGUAAACAGAUUAAAAGUGAAUUGAAAUAAUGAAAUGAAAUGAAAACCCUUGCCUUUUCCCCUGGACCCAUGAGGUCCACCUCCGAGGGCCUUCUGGUGGUUCCCUCACUGCAAGAAGUGAGGUUACAGGGAACCUGGCAGAGGGCCUUCUCAGUAGUGGCGCCCGCCCUGUGGAACACCCUCCCAUCAGAUGUCAAGGAAAUAAAAAACUAUCCGACUUUUAGAAGACACUCCCAAUACAAAUUAAAACCCAUAUUUUCUUGGUCCUUGGGCAAGUUUUCUUCAAAGCAAUCCCUCCCUGAAUGCCUCUGUUUGUUUCACCACUAUUUGUUUGUCCUCUUCCUCUGGACCCAAAUUACAUGGAGAGCCUGAUGGAGAUGAAGUUAGAAGCAAAUCCUAUCACUGGUCCCUCACUGAAAAGAUGCAAGCAAAACUUAGGCAGCAUACAUUUAAAACACAUUUCUCCCCGAGGAUUCUUGGAACUGCAGUUUACCAUUCAAAGAGCUACAGUUCCAGCCCCCCUUAACAACAGAAAAGUGCCCAGAUCAAUGGAAGACAAUAACACAAUGAAAUUCAAAACAGUAACAAUUUAUUGCACAUUGAUUCAAAAUCCAUUAAAAAACAAUUUAGUUUAAGGAAUGCAAGAAAAUCGAUCAGCUUGAUCCAGUGACACCAGAGUGAGCCAUUUUCAAAUAACUGUGUCUUUUCGGUAGUGGCGUCCGCCCUGUGAAAUGCCCUCCUAUCAGAUGUCAAGGAUAUAAACAACUAUCUGACUUUUAUUUUUAUUUUUAAAAGAUUUUUAUUAUGAUUUCAAUAAAGAAGUUAAACAAAAAAAAACCAUAAAAGUAGAAACUCAAAAAUACACAAUACAUAAUCUAAAAAGAAAAAGAAAACACAGAAAACAAAAUACAAAAGAAACAAACAAAAAAAAAAACAGAACACUUAAAAACAAUAUCACUUUUCCAUUUCCGUUUUUGAAUUUACUUAUUUUCUGGACUUCCUCAUACCUCCCUCUUUUGUAUUCCAGUCCAAAUUGUUUGUCCAGCAAUUUCUUUUCCACUUUUUAAUCCCAAUCGUUAAUCUUAAUAUAAUAUAUAACACUUAAACUUCUUUAAUCCUAAUCUUUAAUCUUAAUGUAAUAUAACAUUAAAAUUUUACCUCUUAAGUACCAAAUUUCCAUUUCCUUAAACAUCUUUAAUCCUAAUCUUUAAUCUUAGUCUAUCAAUAACUUUAACCUGUACAGCUGGAAACCACUUAUUUUCGAUCCAACAUCACUCUAACAUUCUUUAAUUUUGCAGUGUUUCUGAAGAUAAUCUUUGAAUUUCUUCCAAUCUUCCUCCACCAACUCUUCUCCCUGGUCACGGAUUCUACCAGUCAUUCCCGCCAGUUCCAUAUAGUCCAUCAGUUUCAUCUGCCAUUCCUCCAGCGUGGGAAGUUCUUGUGUCUUCCAAUACUUUGCGAUGAGUAUUCUUGCUGCUGUUGUUGCAUACAUAAAGAAAGUUCUAUCCUUUUUAAGCACCAUUUGGCCGACUAUGCCCAGGAGAAAGGCCUCUGGUUUCUUAGGGAAGGUAUAUUUAAAUACCUUUUUUAAUUCAUUAUAUAUCAUUUCCCAGAAAGCCUUAAUCUUUGGGCACGUCCACCAGAGGUGAAAAAAUGUACCUUCAGUUUCUUUACAUUUCCAACAACUAUCUGACUUUUAGAAGACAUCUGAAGGAAACUAUGUUUAGGGAAGUUUUUAAUGUUUGAUGUUUUAUCAUGUUUUUCAUAUUCUCUUGGGAGUGGCUGGAGAAACCCAGCCAGAUAGGUGGGGUAUAGAUAAUAAUAAAAAAUUAUAAGAAAUAACAAAUUAUUAUUAUGGUAGGGACAUGGGUGGCGCUGUGGGUAAAACCUCAGUGCCUAGGACUUGCUGAUCGUAAGGUCGGCGGUUCGAAUCCCUGCAGCGGGGUGAGCUCCCGUCAUUCGGUCCCAGCUCCUGCCCACCUAGCAGUUCGAAAGCACCCCUAAGUGCAAGUAGAUAAAUAGGUACCGCUUUAUAGCAGGAGGGUAAACGGUGUUUCCGUGCGCUACUGGUGCUGGCUCACUAGUGCAGCUUCGUCACACUGGCCACGUGACCCGGAAGUGUCUUCGGAUGGCGCCGGCUCCCCGCCUCUUGAGCGAGAUGGGCGCGCAACCCUAGAGUCGGACACGACUGGCCCGUACGGGUAGGGGUACCUUUACCUUUAUUAUUAUGGUUAUUAUGAUUAUUCAUCCACAUAAUUAAGCUUGUCCACCCAUACUGGGUUUAUGUGGAGAAUGCACUUAUCUGCAUAGGUAUUCUAUGGGGCUGCCACCUUGCCGAUAUGGACGUCAUGAGCAUUUGAAAAAGUGCCCUUGCAGAUGCAAAUGUCCCUGAAUGUCUGUGAGCCUUUGCAAGACCUUCUGAAUGUGAGCAACUGUCAACCUUUUUCACUCCGCUUCAGGACCUACAAACCUUACCUGGGACAAAAAAAGUUGAAGGGUAUGCCAACUCUUCAGUAGAGCACCAUUUCCCACUGUGUUCUAGCAUCCUCAGUGGGGAAAUGAUGUUCUUCUAAUCAGUUACCACCAAGAGAAAGGUCUUUCAAGCACCAGAGAACCUUCUCCUCAGUGGAAACUGGCGUGAAUGAUUUCCUUUUGUGGAUGCUGGAAAUUGUCUAUUCCCUAAAUUGGUGAGGAAGAACACUCUUCCAGGGAGAUGGUGUUCUCUCUGCCACCUCUGCUGCCACAUCCCCCUUCUGCUGACCCUAGGAAGGUAUGUGGGUCCUUGGGGAAACAGGGGGAAGGGGGGUGAGAGUAGGUAGCUUCGAGAGUAGCUUCGAGAACCCAUAAAAUGUUUUGUAAGUGCUAGUUAGCACUGAGCCACUUUCAGGUUGAUCAUUCUGAGCCACUGCAUUAGGUCAUGUCUGUAGCAUUGCUAGGUUGCACACAUGUACCAUUCAUACAAAAUGGCAACCCUGUGGAGCACUUAAACUGUAAAUAAUAAUAAUAAUAAUAAUAAUAAUAAUAAUAAUAAUAAUUUAUUAGUUAUACUCCGCCUAUCUGGCUGGGCUUCCCCAGCCACUCUGGGCGGCUUCCAACAAAAUAUUAAAAUACAGUAAUGCAUCAAACAUUAAAAGCUUCCCUAAACAGGGCUGCCUUCAGAUGUCUUCUAAAAGUCUGGUAGCUGUUGUUCUCUUUGACAUCUGGUGGUAGGGCGUUCCACAGGGCGGGUGCCACUACUGAGAAGGCCCUCUGCCUGGUUCCCUGUAACUUGGCUUCUCGCAGUGAGGGAGAAGGCCCUCGGCACUGGACCUCAGUGUCCGGGUAGAAAGAUGGGGGUGGAGACGCUCCUUCAGAUAUAGAAGAGUUUGGAUUUGAUAUCCUGCUUUAUUCCUACCCAAAGUAGAUCCAUCAGAGUUAUCAGUCUUAACCAGGGUAGCACUAGGAGGUGUUCCAGUCAUCACUUGUAGUUGCUGCGCAGCUGGAGAAGAAUUAUCGCGCAGAUGUAUAGAAGGACAUGAGCGCGGAGAUGGUACAUGCAUAGUCAUUUCCUGGUGAUCUCCAGACAGGGUAGAUUCUAGCUCAGGCAUUGAGGCAAAGGAAUCGUCAACUUCCAUAUUUUGAUUGGACAUAAGGUCUAAGACGGGAGUAUUGAGUUUAUCAGCUUCCUCCACGGUAGAAUGGUGCUGUUGGAGCUGUUGGUCAACAGGUGAUUGCUGAUUCAGAUCAGUAGGGGGUAACAAAGUAGCAGGUUGAGAGAUUAUCAGGGCAUUUGAUGGAGACGCCUUGUGGGACGUGGAGUGCCUGCUCUCCUCUCUCAUCGGCAUAGAGGGUCCCCUUGCGAUAGGAGUCUUUGUUUGAGUAGAUCCAAUCUAUCGAGAAUAGCCUGCUGUUCUUCUGAAGGGAGUUUUCCAUAGGAGAAGAUAAGAUUUCUCUCUUCAGGGAUAUUCCAAUCUCCGCUUGCAAUUGGAUCAUUCCUCAGUGUAGCUAGAUGGGCACUUGAGGUCGCAGAUGGAGCAGGGGGUACCCAACUAGGUGUUUUCCCCUGUAUUAUAGGAACAGAAGGAGGAAACGAGCGUUCAUUGCCGGUUAAGGUGUUGGCAAAAAGAGGUUUAACACUCGUGUCCUUAAAGACUCUUGAUGUUACAAUCUCCCAGGGUGCCAGCCGAUCUUUCUCUCUUGCAAGGAGAUGUGGGAUCCUUGCAGACUGGAAGGAGAGCAUAAAUUUCCUUGGCCAGGGCGUGGCAAUUAGGGGUACUACAGAUAUAAGAUCUAUCUGGAAAAAAAGGAAUAUUUAACAAAUCACGUAGGUACCCUUUAGCCAUCCUCAGGUUAUUCCACCUAAGUCUGGGGGCGUCACGGGAAAAAAUGGCUAGACAUAUUUUAUUAGGUUGAAAAAUCAAGGAUUGCCUAUUCCUUUGGGGCAGUGGCGGCCUGCAUCUUGAGCUCUUAAGGUGAAAUUUCUGGUCAGGUUGUCUCUUUAAGGCACUUACAAGCUGCACAGGAGAUUGAUGCAAAUUAGAUAGCUCAGUUGAGGAAGGUAGAUGAGCCAGAAGGGCCCGUGAAAGUUUAUUCAAUGUCAAAGAAAUCCUCCAAUUCCUUGAAAAUGAAGCUUAAAGUCCUGAUUACCAGUUGUAUUUGAUCAGGUACUAAUUCAUGGGCAGUUUGCCCUAAUGCGUCCCGUUUCAAUGACGGAGGUGUAAUUAGGGUAUCAGGGAGGAGGGCUUCCCUAUGGCUUCCGUCCCCGCUGGAUCAGCUAGCUUUUCCGGCUCUCCUUGAUCAUACAGAGGCCAAAAGCGGUUGUAUGUUUCGACCGCAGAAACAAUUACUUGCUCUGUUUUGCUGUUAUUGUUAGUAGAUGGUGGGGAAGAUUCAAGCUUCGACUGCUUUACUCUUGGAGGUGAGCAACCUUUCUCAGCAGAUCUUGGUCGCUUGCCAUGACCCAUUUGUCGCUGUCUCACUAACUACGGAGGUUCAAAGUAGAAAUAAACGGAGAUAAAAGAGAGAACUUAUCUUUUAUGGGCGCAACUCCUCUGCUACUCCUCCUCCUCCACUUCUCAACGUAGCCCAAUCUUCAAGGCGGCGUUACUAAUCAGCAACAGGCUUUCUCAGCAGAGGGUUUGAAUAUCCUUGUUGAUACGUAUAUUGGCACCAACAGGCCAACCGUAGAGGUAAAACGAUUAAAAACUUCUAACAGAAGUAAAAUAAUUUAAAAGUCUAAUAAAACAACUAUAAAAACGGCAGUAAAAAGCUAUAAAAGGCUAUAGAAGGUUUGUAAUCCGGAGGGUUCACGAAGGAGAAGUUGUUACAGCCGCCAUCUUAAUCUCACCAAUCUCUAUAACAGUUUCACAAAAGAUUAUUUGUUUGUUUUUAAGGUUAAGGGAAAGACUUUUUUUAAAAAAACAACAACAAGCCAGGCCUUCUGGCUCCUGCGUUUCAAUUAGAGAUCAGAGGAAGACAUCCUCACCUACCCAAAGUAGUCUCGACUAACAUUCUCUUUUCCCUUCCUCCCCCACAACAAACAAUCUGUGAGGUGAGUGGGGCUGAGAGACUUCAGAGAAGUGUGACUAGCCCAAGGUCACCCAACAGCUGCAUGUGGAGGAGCGGAGACCCAAACCCGGUUCACCAGAUUACGAGUCUAUUGCUCUUAACCACUACACCACACUGGCUCUAAUAUACUGGAUAUAAAUGCAUUCCAUGUGGUCACCUGGUACUGGACUCAGGCCAUAGAACACAGUGCCCAGGUUGAAUUUAUGCCAAGACUCUUGCACAUGCAAUAAUUGCAUAGAAGGGGGAAUUCUGCCAUGGGCAUCCAUGACAAGCUACACUAUGCCAAAACAAGUUGGACCUACUGAAACCCCUCAUCCACACAACCAUUAAAGGUACAGUAUCUCAGUCCUCCAUAGUAUGUGGUCGCACUCUUAUUGGGAUAAAAGACAAUACAUUAUAUUCCAUUCCUUGAAAGCUAUAUAAAACUAUCAGGGCAAUAUAUUUAAAAAAAGCACUUGUUUUUACCCCUGAUGGCUUAAGCAAUCUAAGCUGGUAACAAUCCCUUUAGAAAAUAUUAUUCUCCAAACUUUCCUGACAAGUUGGCCUAAUUUAGCCUUUUGAAGAUAUGCUGAAAAGACACUCCAUUAUGAAUAAAAUAUAACCAGUCUCCCUGUUUAUUUGCUAUAUGACCAGCCCCACUUAUUUCCAGACAGGCUGAAUGAAGGCCUAUGCAGUGUAUGAGGCAAAAUGUUGGAUUUGGACCUGAGAGAUCUUGAUUCAAGUCCUUGCUCAGCCUGGUUAGUCAAGGACAUAUUGUUCUGCCUGUUUCCUGAACUUUCGUACUUGAUUCUGAGGAUUGUAUAAACUGAUUCUGAUGGUCGUGUCUUGUGGAUUGGUAUCAGAUGUUGUGGUCAUCACAGCUAUAGCUAUAAAUGAAGCAGAGAUGGCGUAUAGCUCUAUCUGUGGAGAGCUGGACUAUCAAAAGAAGCAUUUAUAUCUCUGAAUGACUGGCUUCACACCAGUUGAUAACAUGUGAAGAUGAACGGCAUAACGAUUCUAUGGCCAGGAUCUAAAGACCCAGAAAACUAGUUCCCCAUGCCCAAAGGGACCUUUAGGCUCCCAUUUCUCAAACAGAAGUUGACUACACACAAGAUAUAUAGUUCUUAGUACAGUCAUCAUUUAAGUGUCAGUGAAAAUCACUUUAAAAGGCUCCAAACUCCCUGUAAACGUUGGUGCUAUUUCAGAAACCAGAAAUACUCGUUUUGCUUUUCUAGUUAAGUGUUUUAUUGUGAAAUCAGAGUUGCUGGGUGCUCAAUAGAUUUGACAUCAUACUUGUAGUUCAAUCAAAGUACUGAGAGUUCAAGGUUCCGGGAUGCUGCCUUUGAACGCACUGUCAGAAGAAUUCAGGGACAUCCUCCCUAACACUUCCUGCACACCUUCCCUUCAUGCACGGUGAGCAAGUGGCAGAGCCUCAUUACUCGAUUCCUUAAUGCACUGAGCCAAAUAUGGUGGAUGCACUACAACAGAGUCUCAGGAAAUAAACUCCAGCAAAAUCUGUAUCCUGUGCUUUACAUGUCUCCAUUUAGAACUCCAAAUAUACGUGGCAAAUAUUAACAAUUGGUUAUUUUUUUGUUUUGUUUUGUUUUUAGAUGAUUGUAGGGAUUGCCUUUUUGCUGCAACAUUUUUGUGAAUUACUUGGGAUACUGCGCAUCAGGUUUCAACCCUUUUUCAAAGGUCUCAAAAGUUAAAUCUGUGAAUGGGGAGCCAGUCACAAGUGCACAUAUGCCCUAUAUACCAUAUUGACCCGAAUAUAAGCCGCACCCACAAAAUUCGGUGGGGGGGGAGACAAUACAGUGGUACCUCGGAUUACAGACACUUCAGGUUACAGACGCUUUAGGUUACAGACGCUUUAGGUUACAGACUCUGCUAACCCAGAAAUAGUACCUCGGGUUAAGAACUUUCCUUCAGGAUGAGAACAGAAAUUGUGCAGUGGCGGCACGGCGGCAGCGGGAGGCUCCAUUAGCUAAAGUGGCACCUCAGGUUAAGAACAGUUUCAGGUUAAGAACGGACCUCCGGAAUGAAUUAAGUUCUUAAGCCGAGGUACCACUGUAUGUGGGUUAGGAUUGUUGUCUUACUUCAGAGAAUAUUUGCUAUUUGCUAAUUUUCAGCUCAGUAUUCCCAAAGGCCCUUGUCAAUGGUAUUUACUGGAAAGGUAUCAAUGCUCAUUACUUUGUAUAAGUUCUUAACCAGAGGUACCACUGUACCCGAAUAUAAGCCGCUCCCUUAAAUUUCUGCAGGCACUCACAGCAGUAAAUGGCUAAUGUAGAAGAAAAUCCCACGGGUACUAGAGGGACCCGCAAGUGAAAGCGAUGAAUAGCAUUAGAAUUAAUUGCCACAACAGUCUCAAGCUUGCAAAUUGGCAAGAAAACUUUUUUUUGGGGGGAGGGGUUCCGUUUUACAGUAUGUCUGUUUCAGCAGCGAUAUCAUAAAAGCAAAUUUUUGUAAGGCCGCAAAUUUAAGCCGCACUUUAACUUUACAUGGUUGGAAUUGGGGGGGGGGUGCGACUUAUAUUCAGGCCAAUACGGUAAUUCAGUGGUGAAUCAGAAUCAGAAGAAUCUUUAUUUGCAUCAGCCACCAGCCAUAGCAAUAAAAUAAAACAAAAUAAAAUCCACUGAGAAUACAGGUAAAAACUUAACUAUAGAAAAUACAUCAAUAAUCAAAUAACAGAUCUUAUUCUAAAUGCCCCCGCGUACAUUCAAGCACAGAAACAAUAAGAAGACACCAUGCAGUACAUGACUUACCACACCCCAAGCUUCAGCAAUUGGGGUCCAUAAUUUUUAAACAACUUUUAUUUUAAUUCAGUGUGGGAGGACUAUUGCAGAGUAAAUGACUAAAGCAGCACCCCAUUUACACGGAGGUGACGUUCCGAGGCACUGCAUGCAUUGGUGAAAUUGCAUAUAAUUGAAACCCAUUGAAAAAGCCUGCAAACAGCCUUUCCACCCCCCCUGUUCCACUCUGCUCUACCCCUGCUCCGCCCUUUUAGUCAUGUCUUUAGGAUGUUUCCAGGUCACUUCUGAGUUCGGUGCGAUGUCUAGGUAGCAAUUGUUAGUGUCAGACAGUCAGAUGAAUGUAAAGUAGCCUUCCAAAUGUUUACCCAGGAUGGGGAUAAAAUGCAGAUCGUAGCCAGGUUUCUGCAACACACGGUGAGGAUUCAUGGAUGUUAUAUAACUGUAUUUUAAUUGUUAGAUGCAGAUUUUGAGGAGUGAUUGUAUUGUACCAAACCUUUCUGAAUUUUGUCUAUAUGCCAAUAAAGGAUUGAGAUUGAGGUGGCACAAGUGAACAAGAAUAGCCUUAUUAUUAUUUGUGAGUCAACAGUAAAUGCAGUAAAUGUCUUGUUUCUAUUCUAAUGGCACAUGAAUGCUUAGAAACUAUUUUUCAUGUGUUUGUUGUACAUUCAGGCAUCCGAGAUGGAAUGGAGCCCAUGGAGGUCUUGGUUCCGGAAGCUUCGUUUUGGCUUCAUGUGAGGUGUUUACAAAACUUGAAAUCAAAUGAGGAGCAGGCUCAAGGUGAGUUAUUUUCUUGCAGCACGAAAAUGCAUCUGUGGCAGUUGUUUGGCAAGUUGGCUUUGUUGGCUCCACCUCUGCCUAUCUGUUUCAAGCUGCAGCUAAGUUGUCGGAUAGCAGCACAGCAGCAUCCUACCUUGUCCUAAUUCCACACCCAGCUCAACCCAGGUCUGCCUGGCACAUGCUGGUGAUCUCCUUUCUGGAUGCCAGCAGCUACAACUGACUCUGUUUUCACAGCCUAGGACCCUCACACCUAUGGGACCGCCUCAUGGAGGACCUUAAGGUCCAUAAAUAGCAACACCCUAGAGGUCCUGGGCCCUAAGGAAGCCAGAUUAGCCUCAACCAAAGCCAGGGCCUUUUCAACACUGGCUCUGGCCUGGUGGAACGCUCUGUCUCAUGCGACCAGGGCCUUGCAGGAUCUGAUUUCUUUCCGCAGGGCCUGUAAGACAGAGUUGUUCCACCUGGCCUUUGGCUUGGAGUCAGUUUGAUUCCCUCCCCCUCUUUCUUUUUCUUUUCUCCUCCUGUGAUGAGGCUGCAUUUUAAUUGUUUUAAUGUUGUAUUUUAAUCUUGUUUUUAAGUUGUAUUCAUUCAACUCGUUUUUAUUUUUGGUUGUUGGCCGCCCUGAGCCCAGCCUUGGCUGGGGAGGGCGGGGUAUAAAUCAAAUUUAUUAUUUAUUAUUAUUAUUUUCAUUGGGCAGGUGGGAAGAGGUGGGACCAGCUAUCCUGCGACAUACCAAGGUCCCUUGUGCUAAGUUGGUUCCAGAGAAGGGAGUUCCAAAAACCAGGAAGGGUGGAAGAAUUUCUCAGAAGGGGAACUUGGUGCCAAGCCCUCCCAGGCUUUGAGGAGCAGCAGAGCUGUUUCUCAUCCUGUUUUGCCUCUUGAUACUUGCAAGAACCAUCAUUCUCUUGAUUAACACUGUGAUCUGCAGCUGGCUAUCAGACUUUUGUUCUUAUGGGCUAAGAUUUAAUUUCUCAAUAAUUCACACGGGAUAUGAAAGCCCUUUUUAAUUAACUUUGUUCCAUAAACAAAUGAGUAACCCACCCACCCCCUUCAUGAUCAGCUCUGCUUCCUUUCUAAAAUUGCCAUGGUAGCUUUAAUAUGUCAAUACUAAUAGCGCUGACACAAAUCCAUUACCUCUAUCUAUUGUGCCUCAAUUCAAAAUGAGAUUUUGUUACAUCAUUUAAUGUUAAUACACACAGUAAGUGUGGAUGGGUGUUAAAGGUCUCCUGUCCCCUAAAAUGGCAAAUGCAAAUAGUUUUAGGCAUGUCCCCCAAUCUGCAGUCCAGACACUCAUGUAGAAUUCACUGUAUUAUUAACUUUCAGUACAAAGGUAUACAUGUCUACUUAGAAGUAAGUCUCUGUAUUUAAUGACCUGCAUAACAAGAUCAGCCAAGUCAACAGUAGCCUGUGAAGUCAUGUAUGGUGCAGAUUUACAGUAACUGUGCCUGGUUUUAGUCCCUGACUAAGACUGCAAAAAGUGGAGGGGAGAAACAAGAUGGCUGCCAUUGUGUACAGCUGCUGGGCUUUCUUCAGUUUUGUGACCCAGAGGUUGUGGAGGCUUGUUCUAGAGGCUGGAUGAGGGAUG